AUGCGUAGAAGGGAAGCAAUAUUUGAUGCAAAGGCAUCAAAGCACAAGGAUCCAACAAAGGAACAGGAACAUGAAGGUACUGGUGACUGUUCCUCUGCACUAAAUGACCAUGAAACAAGGAAAAUCAGCAAAGACACCUUGGACACGACAAAAAGGGAUCUACAAAGACUUAAGGAAGCUGAGGAAAGCCAAAGCAUCACAAAAACAAACAUCAUGAACCCAAACAAGGCCACAGAAUGCAAGAACAGAACAACAGGUGAUUCUGACGACCAGCGGACCUUGCUGACAUCUCUGAGCCCAAACCAGGAUGACCUGGAACAAGGUGAAGGCAUCAGUGACAUCUCCUUACAUGGGCCAAGCCAUAGAGGCCCUAGGACAAAGUGUUUGAUUGUUUUUGAGUUUCUUUGCAAACUUGUUCCAAGGAGGUUCAUCUUUGGCCGGAGAAUUCAUAGGUUUUCAAGCAAACCUAUAUUCUCAGGGAAUCACACAAGGCAAGGAAUCAUCCUCCUUGCUUUGAGUUUCUGUAGAAGAGCCAAUUCACGUAAGGGACAAAGAAGAGUAUAUCAGAAGGACAUUUUGAAGAACUGGUCAUUUGUUCUGGGUUAUUUUGAAGAGGAAAUCUGGAGGCGAUUACGAAACGAAAGAAUUGGAGAUUUGUGCAUUUCCAUUCCUACAACAUUUGCAAUUCAUUACACCAUUCUUUUUGUAUCUGGACACGAUUUGUUCUCUGAAUUUAGCGAUUUUUCUUGUUCGAUAUUUGAGAAACUUGGGAUUAUUCUGUGCUGGUUAUCUAGCUGUUGUGACUUAGAGACCAUGGAAAGGGAUGAUAGAUUUGAAGCUAUUGAGGAUAAAUUGGAUAGGUUGUUCGCACAUUUAGGGAUCGAUAAUCAGAACAACAGACCACCAAUACCAAACCCUAAUUGUCGACCAUAUGAGGAUCGGACCAUUAAAAUCGAUAUUCCUGAAUUUGAUGGCAUAUCACAUGACCCCUCUAAGUACUUGGAAUGGGAGAGAAGAAUGGGAGAAUACUUUGAAUUUAAAGAAACACCCCCAAACCAACAAUUUAAGAUCGCCAAGAUCAAACUAACCAAAUCAGCCGCAGUUUGGUUAGAAAGCGUUCAAAAACAAAGAUUUAGGGAAGAAAGGAAUAGGAUUAGCACUUGGGACAAACUUAGGAAGCAAAUGAAGAGGAGAUAUGUCCCAGCCACGUACAAGCAGCAACUGAUUGUACAGUUGUAUGCUAUGAAGCAGGGAACUAGGUCAGUAGAGGACUACCUGAAUGAAUGGGAGAGAUUGUAUCACCUUUGUGACCUUCAUGAACCAGAGGAAAAUAAAGUAGGAAAGUUUAUAGCUGGAUUAAGGGAAGAAUUUAGGGAAAGAUUGAUGAAUACACCUGACCUUACACUACAACUUGCUACAUCUAUAGCCAUGGAGAUUGAGAGACAACACAAGGCAGCAAACCCCCAAAUGAGGAACAACAGGACCUAUACCCCAAGGAACACUAGUGCUGUGACCAUGCCUAGGAAGGAGUUACCACCCUCUGGACCUAAACCUACUACCCCCAGAACAGAGUCAAACACCAAGCCACAGGACAUCAUUUGUUUUAAAUGCAAUGGGAGGGGACACUAUAAGAGGGAUUGUCCCAAUGCAAGGGCGUUUACCAUGAAAGAAUGGAUUGACAUUAGGCAAAACACUAACCCUAAGAGACUCCUGGUGUUAAAGAAUGGGCAAGAGGAAGAAUUAGACCCUCCCAGCCUAAGUGAUGGUGAUGGUACAUUUAUAACAGAUGAGCAGGGAAACUGGCACCCUUUUGAAGGAGAUUCUGAGGAGGAAGGAGAGGGAGAGCUGGAAAAAAUUCCCCCUGAGGAAGAGCACUUGAGCCUCAUUAUUAGACGGAGCUUUCACAACACACCCUUGACUAGAAAAUCUGACCAAAGAGAAAAUAUCUUCCAAACAAAGUGCAAAAUACAGGGGAAAGUAUGUGAUUUGAUUAUUGAUAGUGGAAGUGAGGCAAACUGUGUCAGUAAGCAGUUGGUGGAGGAGUUACACCUAAAGACUAAGGCUCACCCCAAUCCUUAUAAAAUGAAAUGGUUAGACACCAAGGCUAGUGGUUCAGUAAAACAUCAGUGCCCAGUAGUCUUGACUUUGGGAACAUAUGAGGAUGAAGUUUUGUGUAAUGUCCUAGAUAUGGAUGCAUGCCACCUCUUGCUAGGAAGACCCUGGCAAUAUGACAAGAGAGCCAUACACAAUGGUUAUGACAACACUUACACUAUUAGACAUAAUGGGAAGAGGAAAGAAUUUUUACCCCUGCCCCCACACAGAGCAGUGCCACCUAAGCCCUCUAAGGAACAUGUGCAGUUGAUGAAUAGAAAAGAGUGUGAAAGGGAAGUGCAGGGAACAGAAGAGCUGUAUUUGUUAGUCACCAAGGAAGUGCAAGAUCCCACACCUAUACCUGCUGAAAUGGCUAGACUAUUAGAACAAUAUAAGGAUGUGUUUCCCACUGAGCUACCACCUGGAUUACCACCAUUCAGGGGGGUGGAACACCAAAUUGACUUACUACCGGGGGCUAGUCUUCCUAACAAGCCUGCUUAUAGGACUAAUCCCAAAGAGGCCCAAGAAUUACAGAGACAGGUAGAGGAUUUGAUGAAGAGGGGCUAUGUCAGGGAGAGUUUGAGUCCUUGUGCUGUACCCACUCUGCUUGUGCCUAAGAAGGAUGGCACAUGGAGAAUGUGUAUUGAUAGUCGUAGUGUAAACAACAUAACCAUCAAGUAUAGGUUCCCUAUACCUAGGAUUGAUGACAUAUUGGAUGAGUUAGGGGGUUCUCAAUGGUUUAGCAAGGUGGAUCUCAGGAGUGGAUACCACCAAAUCAGGAUGAAAACAGGGGAUGAAUGGAAAACAGCCUUCAAAACCAAGUAUGGGCUGUAUGAGUGGCUUGUUAUGCCCUUUGGUUUGACAGGUGCCCCUAGCACCUUUAUGCGCCUGAUGAAUGAUAUUUUGAGACCUUUCCUAGGGAAGUUUAUAGUUGUUUACCUAGAUGACAUACUCAUCUACAGCAAGGACAUAGCAGCCCACCUAGACCACCUCCAACAACUAUUUGAGGUUCUGAGAAAACAGAGGUUGUAUGCAAAGCUUGAAAAAUGUAAUUUCUUACUUCCUGAAGUUAGUUUUUUAGGGUACAUUGUGGGUAGGGAGGGAGUCAAGGUAGACCCAACUAAAAUCCAAGCAAUACAGGAUUGGCCUAUACCCACAACCCUCACACAAAUUAGGUCUUUUCAUGGGCUGGCCUCCUUCUACAGGAGGUUUAUCAGGGACUUCAGCUCUGUUAUGGCACCCAUAACAGAGUGCACAAAACAGGGGAAGUUUAACUGGACACCCAAGGCACAGCAGGCCUUUGAAACCCUUAAAAGUAUGAUGUGUAGUGCUCCCAUUCUCAAGCUACCUGAUUUCACUAAACCCUUUGAGUUAGAGUGUGAUGCCAGUGGUAUGGGGAUUGGGGCAGUGCUUGUUCAAGAAGGUAGACCAGUGGCGUUUUUCAGUGAAAAGCUUAACAAUAGUAGGCUUAAUUACUCCACCUAUGACAAGGAGUUCUAUGCUAUCAUAAGAGCUUUAGACCAUUGGUCUCAUUACUUAAGGAUUCAACCUUUCAUCUUGCAUACUGACCAUGAAUCUUUGAAACAUAUAAACAGCCAACACAAGUUGAGUAGUAGGCAUGCUAGGUGGGUGGAAUUCAUGCAAACCUUUGACUUUUCAGCUAAGUACAAGGUAGGCAAAACCAACAUCAUUGCUGAUGCUCUUAGCAGAAAAUACAGUAUGCUGGGUAUAUUAAGUGCCAAGGUUUUGGGUUUUGAAUUUAUCAAGGAACAAUACCAGACCUGCCCUGACUUUGCUAACAUAUAUGAAUCAUGUGAAACCACACCACAGGGGUUGUUUAGUAUUCAUCAGGGCUAUUUGUUUAAGGGAAACAAACUUUGCAUUCCUAAACUACCACUGAGAACAGUGUUGGUAAAGGAGGUGCAUGAGGGUAGCAUAGCUGGCCAUUUUGGCAUUCAGAAGACCCUUGACAUGCUUGCCAAGCAUUUUUAUUGGCCAAGAAUGCUUGGUACAGUAGGCAAACACAUACUUAGGUGUGAGACUUGUUUAAAGGCUAAAGUGACUUUUCACAAAGGAGAGUAUCUUCCCUUGCCUGUAGCUCACAAACCAUGGGAACACAUAAGCAUGGAUUUCAUGGUAGCCCUACCCAAAACAAGGAGGGGAAAGGAUGCUAUUAUGGUAGUGGUAGAUAGGUUUUCAAAAAUGUCACAUUUCAUAGCUUGCACUAAAACUGAUGAUGCACAGCAUAUAGCCAAACUAUACUUUGCUGAAAUAGUUAGAUUGCAUGGCAUACCCAAGUCCAUUGUCUCUGACAGGGAUAGCAAAUUUUUGAGUCAUUUUUGGAAGACCUUGUGGAGGAUGUUGGGCACUAAGCUAUUGUUUAGUACAGCAUAUCACCCUCAGACUGAUGGUCAAACAGAGGUGACCAACAGAACCUUGGGUACUCUGUUAAGGUCAUUAGUGACUACUAAUGUUAGGGAAUGGGAUUUGAAAUUGUGCUAUGCUGAAUUUGCUUUUAACAGAUCACCAAGUCGUGCCACCAAACAUACUCCAUUUGAAUGUGUGUAUGGCACUAACCCAUUACUUCCUAUAUCUCUGAUUGACUUGCCUAUAUGUGACAGCAAAACAGAGGAAGCUGCAGAUUUAAUCAAGCAAAUGGAAGAGAUUCACAAGCAAGUCCAUGCAAACCUGGAAGAGACCAACAGGAAAUACAAGAAACAAGCUGACAAACACCUGAGAGCAAGGCAACCAAUCCAGGAAGGUGAUCAAGUAUGGGUCUACUUAAGAAAAAAACGUUUCCCACACCUCAGAAAAAACAAGUUGCAGCCCAGAGCCAUAGGCCCUUAUCAAGUGUCAAGGAAAAUUGGGAGCAAUGCCUUUGAGAUCCAGCUGCCUGCAGACUUCAACAUCUCUCCUAUCUUCAACAUAGGAGACCUGACACUGCAUCAACCAGUCCAAGAAUUGAGGACAAUUCUCCCCCAAGAGGGAGGAGUUGAUGCAAAGGCAUCAAAGCACAAGGAUCCAACAAAGGAACAGGAACAUGAAGGUACUGGUGACUGUUCCUCUGCACCAAAUGACCAUGAAACAAGGAAAAUCAGCAAAGACACCUUGGACACGACAAAAAGGGAUCUACAAAGACUUAAGGAAGCUGAGGAAAGCCAAAGCAUCACAAAAACAAACAUCAUGAACCCAAACAAGGCCACAGAAUGCAAGAACAGAACAACAGGUGAUUCUGACGACCAGCGGACCUUGCUGACAUCUCUGAGCCCAAACCAGGAUGACCUGGAACAAGGUGAAGGCAUCAGUGACAUCUCCUUACAUGGGCCAAGCCAUAGAGGCCCUAGGGUUCUGCUAACAAACCACCAGGAAGACCUUAGGAUAGGCUGA